GACCAGAAGAGAAGAGAGAAAAAGAGAGGAGAGUGGGAUGACUGCGUCAGGAGUCCUUUAGCUUUUUUCUCUCUCUCUUUCUCCAUCCAUCAGAGCGGGGCUAAUCAGGCACCAGCUAGCCUUCGGCAAAGUCACCGAGACGGAGGGCUCUCAGCCGACAUACACACAGAAACGCAGAAACACACACACACUCACGAGGACCUGCCAGACCGGUGGAUUAAAAAAAUAUAUGUAUUGUCAUUUUUUUCCUUUCUGCUCGGUGUGUCUGGCUUUUACUGCUUGAUGGAGCAGUGUGAUUCGUCAACAGAGGGGCCGUGUGUCUGCGGCUGCAGGCAGGGAGAGGGGGAGAGGAGGAGGGCCGGGGGACGCCAGUCACCUGCUUAGCUUAACCCACACGGCCUGUCCUUUCCCACCGAGCCUCUAGUCUCUACACACUGCUCUGCUCCGCUCUCACCACCGGCUAACAUGAGACAUUUUGUUCCAUUAGUUAACACAGGGACAUUACCACCACUUUCCAGAUGAAGGAGAAGAACUGAAUAUAAAUACACUUUCCACAUUUCUGUUUUUCCAUGGAAAGGGAAAUAUACAUGACUCUGGUUCCUGAUUGUUUUUUGUGAUAUUCAGAAAGGAAGAAAUAAGGGACCGUUUGAGAACUAAUGAGCGUCUCCCAGUCUCGUCGAUGGCGUGGCGAAUCCUGUCCUUGCUCCAGCCAGGGUAGGAGGGUGGUGCGUCCUCCUCUAGUGUCCGUCUCCCCCCAACAUGCUGAAUAAUGAGCCCUCCGCAACAUGAGUACUGUGGGCCGGGUCUCUCUGCAGCCCACCUGGAACGCAGCCCUGCUCGCCCUGCUAGCCCUCACCAUGGUGCCAGCUCUCAGUGUGUGCCAGCCUGCCGGCCUGGGUCCUCCCCCCAACCCCCAGAACUGUCCGGUGGUGUGCUCCUGUACCAACCAGAUUGGUAAGGUGGUGUGUACACGCCGUGGCCUGGUCAGGGUGCCCCCCGGGAUCCCCACCAACACCAGAUACCUCAACCUGAUGGAGAACAGCAUCGAGACCAUCCAGGCUGACACCUUCAGAAACCUACACCAUCUGGAGGUGCUGCAGCUGGGCAGGAACGCCAUCAGGCAGAUCGAGGUGGGGGCCUUCAACGGCCUGGCCAGCCUCAACACCCUGGAGCUGUUUGACAACAGACUGACGGGGAUCCCCAGCGGGGCUUUUGAGUACCUGUCCAAGCUGAGGGAGCUGUGGCUGAGGAACAACCCCAUCGAGAGCAUCCCCUCCUACGCCUUCAACAGGGUGCCCUCUCUGAUGAGGCUGGACCUAGGGGAGCUCAGGAGGCUAGAGUACAUCUCUGAUGGGGCCUUUGAGGGCCUGCAGAACCUCAAGUACCUGAACCUGGGGAUGUGUAACCUCAGGGAGAUGCCUGUCCUGUCUCCCCUGACUGGCCUGGAGGAGCUGGAGAUGUCUGAAAACACUUUCCCUGAGAUGAAGCCCGGCUCUUUCCGCGGCCUGCGCUCGCUACAGAAACUCUGGAUCAUGAACUCUGGGAUCACCGUGAUCGCGAGGAACGCCUUCGAUGACAUCACAGCACUGGUGGAGCUGAAUCUAGCCCAUAAUAACCUGUCAUCUCUACCACACGACCUCUUUUCCCCGCUGCAGUACCUGGUGGAGCUCCAUCUCCACCACAACCCCUGGAGGUGUGACUGUGACGUGGUCUGGCUGUCCUGGUGGCUCAGGGAGUACAUCCCCACUAACUCCACCUGCUGCGGCCGCUGCCACUCCCCUGCCCACAUGAGAGGACGAUACCUGGUGGAGGUGGACCAGACCACAUUCCAGUGCUCUGCUCCCUUCAUCCUGGAUGCUCCCAGGGACCUCAACAUCUCUGCAGAGAGAGUGGCUGARCUCAAGUGUCKUACRGCCKCCAUGUCAUCGGUCCGAUGGCUGCUUCCUAACGGGACCGUUCUGACCCACGGAUCGUCUCACCCUCGGAUCUCUGUCCUCAAUGAUGGAACGCUCAACUUCUCCAACGUUUUGCCGUCGGACAAGGGUGUCUAUACUUGCAUGGUGACUAACAUGGCAGGUAACUCCAACGCCUCAGCCUACCUGAAUGUCAGCAGUGCCGAGCUCAACACCUCCAACCUGUCCUAUUUCACUACAGUGACUGUGGAGGUGCUGGAGCCCACCGUAGAGGAGAUCCCCAAACCCAAACCCACCAUCCCAGCCUCGCCCUCCGUGUUCCAGCCCGUCUUCAUCUCCACGCCCACCAUGCUGCUCCAGAGCACCCAGACCCCCCGCCAGGUGUCUCUCCCCACAGCCCGUGGCCCCACCCACCCCUCCGCCAGCCUGGACGAGGUCGUGAAGACAACCAAGAUCAUCAUUGGCUGCUUCGUUGCCGUGACGCUCCUUGCCGCUGCCAUGUUGAUCGCCUUCUACAAGCUGCGUAAGCGGCACCAGCAGCGGAGCACGGUGGCGGUGGCGCGGACCAUCGAGAUCAUCCAAAUGGACGAGGAGGUUCCCGAGGUUCCACCGGCCAGGUCAGGUUCUAGCGAGUCUGAGGAGACGGGGCUGGCUCUGCCCACCAUCUUAAAAACAAGAUACAUCUCAUCAUCCUCAUCGUCCUCCCACAGAGACAGAGACAGAGACAGAGACAGAGACAGAGACAGAGACAGAGACAGAGACAGAGACAGGGACAGGGACAGAGCUGCCUACGGGGCUCACUGGACCCAUAACAACCUGGGAAACUCCCUGCACCGUUCCUCCAGCCGCCAGCAUCAUCAGCAGCACCACCACAGCCUCAUCAGCACCAUCGCAGAGCCCUACGUCAUUAAGACCACUCACACCAAGGAGAAGGUCCAGGAGACCCAGAUCUAAGGGACUCAUGCUGGCCUUACUGUGGAUCUAACUGUGUGGAUCUAACUGUGUGGAUCUAACUGUGUGGAUCUAACUGGGUGGAUCUAACUGGGUGGAUCUAACUGGGUGGAUUUCUAUAUGGAUCUGACUCUACUCCCUCUUCUCUUCCUCUCCUCACUGCUCACCAGUCCAUGCAAUAGAAUGCACAAAGAAGACGGUAACUUUCUUUUGUACAGAGUGCAAAAUGGAGACAGUUUUAUCUAUCUUGUACAUGCUUAUACAUAAAUAUAGAAAUGUAAAAAAUAUACAUCUAUAUAACUUAAUCUAAUAUGGGGACGGUGUUUGGAUUAUGUAUCAAAGAAGAAAGUAAAAUUUAAACUAUUUUCUAAUAACUUGUAAGUUCUAUUUAAAAGCGAGAGGUGUUGAGGUCUCAAUGAUGGUAUGUUUGAUUGAUUGAGGGAGGAGCUGUCUUGAGGAAAACUGUUCUUUUUGUUAUUUAGACCAUUUAGAAUGUAGUAAAAGCCCUUUAUACCCACAGCAGUUUAUAGAACAACAAGCCCUAACAUCAGAUCAGGCUUUGCAGGUUCAUCUUAUAAAAGCGCCAGUUUGUACUGUGCCAAACGUUACAAAUACAAUAAAGGACUCCGGAAGAUUAAGAAAACCAACAGCCACAUCCAAGCAAAAUCUAGACAGAAAGACAGAGAGUAAUUUGUCGAGGGAGAGAUGUAGAGAGAAGAGCAUAGAUUUUGCUGUUCAGUAGCUAUCAGCCAAAUGCUUUUAGACUGCAGUGAAUUUCUGCAGCUAAGGUUUAACCCUUUGUUUUCCGGAGCAAAGCUACACAUCUAUCUAAAAACAGCUCUUUAUGUUACUGAAUCUAAACCCGUUUAGUACGAUUGUAUUUGAUUUAUCCCAGGUCCCCUUGGCUAAGAUGAAGGACAGGCUAUCAUGAACAGAGAUUUGGUGUGGUUUCUUCAUGCAGAUUUAGGUUGCAUAAGGUAUUGUUCUUUUUUAUUUUGGUCUUGGGUUGUGACAUGCUUCUUAAUGGCAUGUGUAGUGUUUAGGGUUAAUGUAGUGCUGCAUUACAGUGGUUCUCUGUCUGCUCUCUGUAAGGGCUUGUUCUAAUGGUAAUCCCUCACAGUUACAGACGUGGUGCAGAGAGACUGGGGGUUGCUGACCAAUCUGCUUUUGGAAGAAAAAAAGGAGCUGGGCUGAAAUUAAAUGAAUGUCUGGACAUUGG